AUGGUGUCUGCAGCCAUGUGCCAGGCCACCUCCAGCCCCACUUCAGCACGCCCUCUCUUCCAGCGGGGAUCGGACGAGCUCUUCUCUGCCUGUGUCACUAACGGACCCUUUAUCAUGAGCAGCAACUCAGCCUCUGCAGCAAACGGAAAUGACAGCAAAAAGUUCAAAGGUGACAACAGAAGUACAGGUGUGCCCUCCAGAGUGAUCCAUAUCCGGAAGCUUCCCAGUGAUGUCACCGAGGGCGAGGUCAUUUCCCUGGGACUGCCUUUUGGGAAGGUCACCAACCUCUUGAUGCUGAAAGGGAAAAACCAGGCCUUCAUUGAGAUGAACACAGAGGAGGCAGCCAACACUAUGGUGAACUACUACACCUCGGUGACACCUGUGCUUCGUGGCCAGCCCAUCUACAUCCAGUUCUCCAACCAUAAGGAACUUAAGACCGACAGCUCACCCAACCAGGCACGGGCCCAGGCGGCCUUGCAGGCAGUGAACUCAGUUCAUACGGGGAACCUGUCACCGGCUGCCUCAGCUGCUGCCGUGGAUGCUGGGAUGGCGAUGGCUGGCCAGAGUCCAGUGCUCAGGAUCAUCGUGGAAAACCUCUUCUACCCAGUCACCUUGGACGUGCUUCACCAGAUCUUCUCCAAGUUUGGCACAGUUCUGAAGAUUAUCACUUUCACCAAGAACAACCAGUUCCAGGCACUGCUGCAGUAUGCCGAACCCGUGAGCGCCCAGCAUGCUAAGCUGUCGCUGGAUGGGCAGAACAUCUACAACGCUUGCUGUACACUCCGCAUCGACUUUUCUAAGCUCACCAGCCUCAACGUCAAGUACAACAAUGACAAGAGCCGAGACUACACCCGUCCUGACCUGCCCUCUGGUGACAGCCAACCCUCACUGGACCAGACCAUGGCUGCAGCCUUUGGUGCACCUGGUAUAAUGUCAGCCUCUCCGUAUGCAGGAGCUGGUUUCCCUCCCACCUUUGCCAUUCCUCAAGCUGCAGGCCUCUCUGUUCCCAAUGUGCACGGGGCCCUGGCCCCUCUGGCCAUCCCAUCAGCGGCAGCGGCGGCGGCGGCAGCUGGCCGGAUCGCCAUCCCAGGCCUAGGAGGGGCUGGAAAUUCUGUUCUGCUGGUCAGCAACCUCAACCCUGAGAGAGUCACACCCCAAAGCCUCUUUAUUCUUUUCGGCGUGUAUGGCGAUGUGCAACGGGUGAAGAUUUUGUUCAAUAAGAAGGAGAAUGCCUUGGUACAGAUGGCAGAUGGGAGCCAGGCCCAGUUGGCCAUGAGCCACCUUAACGGACAUAAGCUGCAUGGAAAGCCUGUGCGCAUCACCCUCUCCAAGCACCAAAACGUACAGCUGCCCCGUGAGGGCCAGGAGGACCAGGGCCUCACCAAAGACUACGGGAACUCGCCCCUGCACCGCUUCAAGAAGCCUGGCUCUAAGAACUUCCAGAACAUCUUCCCACCCUCGGCCACCCUGCACCUUUCCAACAUCCCGCCCUCCAUAUCUGAGGACGAUCUCAAGAUACUCUUCUCCAGCAAUGGCGGAAUUGUCAAAGGGUUCAAGUUCUUCCAGAAGGAUCGCAAGAUGGCGCUGAUUCAGAUGGGUUCAGUGGAGGAGGCCAUCCAGGCACUCAUCGACCUGCACAACCACGACCUGGGAGAGAACCACCACCUGCGGGUGUCCUUUUCCAAGUCCACUAUCUAGACUCCCCACCAAGGACCAGCCUGCCGGGUAGUCCCGGCAACAACUUCCAUCAUUCCAGAAAAUAGCCACUUUAAAAAGCAGCUGAAGUGACCUUAAAAAGACCAGAGAUUUUAUUUUUUUAAAGAGAAAAUCAGUUUACCUGUUUUUAAAAAAAUUAAAUCUAAUUCACCUUGCUCACCUUUGGGAGAUAGGGUGCCGGCCUCAGGCUCUUGGUGACCCGUGGACGAUGUGCCUACCCCUUCUGCAGGGUGGGUGUUCCCAAGCCUCCACUCAGCUUUCUUGUGCCUUAAAACCCACUGCUUUGGCAGGGCCUUUUUUUGCAGUAGCAAAUGCAUAGGGGUUUGGGGACAGAGGGGACUGCUUCCCCAUGGGGAUCAUGUGCCUGGCAUGGCAGGAGGCUGCCAGCUGCAGGGUCUGCGGACAUCCUAAUCGUCCAUUUAAUCAAGUGUCUUGAUUCUCCCCUCACCCUGCCCCUGGCUUGAGGUGCCCCUCCUGGGCCAAGACCCUCUAGGGUGCAUCCCUGGCACUUCUUCAGCUUGGAGCUUUGUUUUAUCAUAAGUCUUUGUAUUGUGCUUUUUUGCAGUUGCAGACAUCUGUGCCUAGCAAUAUUUCCAGUUGACCAAAUAUUCUAAUCUUCAUUUAUAUGCAAAAGAAAUAGUUUUAAGUAACCUUUUAUAUAGCAAGAUGAUAAAAAUGGUAUGAGUGUAAUCUAAAUUUCUUCCUUAUAUGACCUUGUAUACUGUACUUUUUAUUUUAUUCCUUGUAAUUAAGUUGCAGGGCAGGAUCUAGUUUCCAGGGCAGACGCAGUGGUGGGCCACUGCGGAGCCUGGGUUCUUCCUAGAAAGCCCCAGGCCUGAGACCUUCAGAUGCCUUACACAUAGCCUGUCCUCUGUCUGGGAGGACAAGGGCUCUCUUAAACUUUCAGGGUUUCUUUUUUCCUGCAAAUCAUGGACCAAAGUUUUUUGUUUUUUUUUGUCUGCCUCUAACGCUGGGACCCAUUAAGGUGGGACAAUAGCCCUCGAGUCUUAACUGUCUCCUUUACCUUGUAUAGUCCUACACUCAUGGGUCCAAGGGGCUUCCCUGUGCACAGACCCUUGUGCUGGCUGGCCCCUCUUCCUGGGGCCUGGACCCCAAGUGUUCAUGUUGGGGUGGGGACGAGGGAUUAAAUAUUUAUAAUUUUUUUAUACCUGUUGUAAGACAUGAGGGGCAGCAAAUGCAGUUUUUUAUGGUGACACAGAUGUAUAUUUUGAUACCAGCAAUUACAGGCUCAGUAUUGUAACGUGGAGCGUGGCACAUUCCACUGCCUGCCUUACGGCUUGUAAUGUUGAGAAAACUGAAUUAAAGCAAUUUUAUAACAACUCUUGCCUUUUCCGCAGGCUUUCUGUUCACAUUGUAGAAGGCAGUUUGGCUAGUCUGUACUGGACUUUGAAUAAACUCUUCUGUAUCCUG